GGCUAAUCCCCCCUGCCACCUAUUAUAUUGAGACCCCUAUGUCUUAUUCACUGAUGUAUUCUCAGUGCCCACCACAUUGCCUGGCAUAUGGGCAGUGUUUAAUGUUAUUUUGGAUGAUCACCUUGAUAUUCUUCUUGGUUUAAGUGAUGGUGCUUACCCCUGUUGUUCUGGCAGGUCUUUGCAUUUGAUGCUGGACACAAAACUUGGAAAUUUUAUGAUUGGUCACAGAUUACAACUGUGGCAAAUGUUGGAAAAAAUGACUCAGAACUUAUGUGCCAUGCCCAUUCAAAAGGAGCUAGGGUAGUGCUAAAAGAAGAUGUACCCAUAAAGGAUAUCAUUGAUCCUACUUUCAGAGCAUCCUGGAUAGCUAAAAAACUUAAUUUGGCCAAAGAACAACAUAUGGAUGGAAUUAAUUUAUACAUAGGGCAAAAAGUUCAUUGUUCAACACCAGAAUAUGAUGCAUUAACUGCUUUAGUCAAAGAAACCACAGAGGCUUUCCACCGUGAAAUUGAAGGAUCACAGGUAACUGUUGAUGUAAAUUGGUCUCCAAAACACAAUAAUUUGAGUUGCUAUAACUAUACUGGAAUUGCAGAUGCUUCUGACUUUGUCUUUGUGAUGUCUUUUGGCAAACGUAAUCCGGUUGGUAUUGCAGCAGCCAAUGCUCCCUAUAAGCAGAUAUUAACUGGCUAUGAAGACUACAUCAGCAUGGGCAUUAACCCUAGGAAACUUGUCAUGGGUGUUCCCUGGUAUGGUUACGAUUACACUUGCCUGAAACUGUCUGCGGAUCAUGUUUGUACUACUACAAAAGUCCCUUUAUUGACUGCUUCUUAUCAAGGCUUUUCAAGACGUUUGGUGUCAUAUAAAGUGAUCAUGAAGUAUUUAAAAACAAGUACUUCUGGAAUCCAGUGGAAUGAAGAUCAGCAGGCUCCUUAUUAUAACUAUCAAGAUUCUGCUGGCUCUUUUCAUCAAGUGUGGUAUGAUAACCCUCGAAGCAUUUCUUUAAAAGUAUCAUAUGUUGUCAAAAAUGGCUUACGGGGCAUAGGCAUGUGGCAUGCAAACUCUCUGGACUACUCUGAAGAUGCUACAGCUAAACAGCAAACUGAAGAAAUGUGGCAAGUCUUAAAACCACAGUGGACAUUCUUAAAACCAAAGCUGUGACAGAGAUGAGCAUCUUUUGAAUAAAUAU